AUGAGGGGAGAUCCCUCUAUGAGGGACGCCAGUAAGUACUGCGCAUUCCAUAGGGAGCAUGGUCAUUACACAAACAACUGCAACGCCUGGAAAAGGCACCUUGAUGAGCUGGUCAGAGACGGCCAUUGCACAGAAUUCGUUGCAAAGAAGGUCAUCCAGCAGAUCGAGGAUCGUGAUGCAGCUGCCAAGCAACCUCCCCAAAAGGUCAUACGGAUCAACACCAUUCUAGCUAACUCCCAGGAGUCCGGGCUGACCACCAAGGAGCGUAAGAGAAAGAUCGUGCAGGCGACUUAUGUCUCCCAAGUCACAACGGGCGUACCAGUCAUUGCAGAUACACCCAUCAUCGGCUUUCAGAAGAAGGACUUGAUCGGGCUUGAUCUGCCGCACAAUGACGCCCUAAUGGGAUUCGAGCCCAAGAUCAGCAAACUUCCCAGAUCACUCACUGGCUUCAAUGGGGCCACGUCAAUCACUGUUGGGACAAUUGACCUAGACGUCUACUCACCCCCAGUGGUCUGCUCGCAAACCUUCAUGGUCAUCGACGAGGUCUCUCCCUAUAACGGGAUUAUGGGCCGACCAUGGAUCAGCAAGAUCGAAGCCAUCACAUCUGCUCUACACCAGAAGAUCCGCUACCCCAUCCCUGGAUACGGUAUCGGGCAGAUCAACAGUGAUCAAGCCAUGGCAAGGAGAUGCACAGCCCAAGGGCUCAAGAAGAGCAAACAGCUGCAGUUCACACCAGUAAUGCAAGCUACUGACGUGGCAGGAAACACUCCCAGCAGACAAGCAAGCCCGAAUAGGAAGGGAGUUGCUAUCUCAAAAUAG